AUGAAUAGAGCAUCAGCAAAAAAGAAGAAAUCAGGAGGAGGAGGAGAAAAACUUAAUGUAGAUGGUCAAGAACAUAGUUUAGGGGCAUUGAUGAAGUUGAUGAAGUUUAGAGAUGAAAUAGGUGUAGAAAAGGCAUUCAAAGGAAUGAAGAAUCCAAUGUUGACAAAUCGUAGAGACACUAUAGCAUUUCACAAAAAGGAGCAUGCAAGAUUGGUAGGUGACAAGGAAUUCAAGUUGUACACAACGACGACCAACAAGGACAGUUUGGCCAAGGAACCAUCGACCAAGAGUCUGUCGGAACUCAAACCAAUCGAAAUCACUGAUCUCUUGAUCGAGACUAUCCACAAGGGCAGCGUUCUGAUUGUCAGAAGUAUUGUAGAGUCGUUUAAAAUGAACGCUAUCCAAAUACUAGUAGAGGAUCAAAAGGCUGGACCAAACAGCGACGUUGCAUUGACCGUCUCGUUAUACAAUUUUGUAUUUUCGGGAAAGGGUACAAUGUCUGACUUGGUCGACAAGACAUUCCCAGUGGGUGUUAUCAUGGCCAUCAAAGAACCGUAUUUUAAGAUUACUCUGUCUGGUGGUUACGCAGUUCGUGUUGAAAAUCCACAGGAUAUAGAGGUUGGAAAGAUUCGUUGCGAUCCAAGUUGCCCAAGGAUAUUGACGGGUGGCGUCUACGUGGAAAUAGCUUUUAUACAAGCGGUGACUAUGAGUUGGCGCUAG